AUGGCCAACGAAGUCCUCAUCCGCGUGCUCGAGCGAAAACGGAAAUACGUGUGGCCCGAAGCGCAGCUCAACUUCUGGCUCAUCGUCAUGAUAGCGGCUGCUGCAACCAUAGUCGGUAUAUUCACCUACUUCAUGCACCUGCAAUCCGUGUUCCAUCUCGGAGUACCCUGGAUAUUCCCCUACAGCAUAGCAACCGGCUCCAUCUGCCUCCUCUUCCUCUUCAUCAUCCUCGUCCUAAUCCAACAAAGACAACUCCUCCCCGGCAUCGUCGUCCUCGGCUCCUUCAUCCUCUUCGUCCUCUUCUUAACCGGACUCAUCGAAACCUCCAUCCAACUCUUCGGCCCCACCGGCUCCGUAAACAGCUACUGCAACCUUUACCGGCCGAGCUCAGGCCUGGCAAACUCGCAAGCGACGCUGGCGUAUUUGGAGACGCAGGGGAUAUGUCAGGAUUGGAAAGCAGCGUUUGCCUUUUAUAUCAUCGGGACGGUAUUUUUGCUGUGGAUGAUGGUGAUGGCGUGGCAGGUUAAUCAGGACAAUUUUGACUGA